AUGUCUACGUGUUUCUUCAAACCGCCUUUAGACCCUAGUCUUGUCUCGCAAGCCGUCUCGUCGAUCGAAAACAUCUCCGUUCCGACUAUCCAUCGCUCCUUCAUCGUCCCCAUGGGAAGCCUCUAUUAUUCCCUGAAGCCUACUUUGGCGCACAUCGAUCUCGCACACAUCAAAGAUCGAGAUAAACCUUUCGACAAUUUUGGAGCGGCCGUCGUCAAGAAUACUGCGUCUACUUCAACCAGCAACAAGCAUGUUGGUCUGGCUCGCGAAGGGCAGCGCAACACACAAAUUGACGAAGACAGUAUGAUGGGCGAGAGGAAACUAUACACUAUCCUCCGUGUCGCGUCAGUCGCAUCCUGCCUUUCGACACUAACGUCAUAUGAGCCACUUGCGAACCAUGGCGCUCUAUUCCAGCGUACGAAGUCGCCGCCACCCAAUUCUCUCGUACAUGGUGUGCCCCUAGAUCUGACUGCUGGCGCCUUUGCAGUGCUGGGUACACCUCGAGACUACAAGGCAGUUUUCCCACUGUUCCGGACACGGGCUGGAGACUCGAUGUUAAAAGGCUUGGCAUUAACUUCAACUUUCGAUCACUCCGACAGGAACAUUUCUUUUGUCGUAUCCCAGAAGUUUAGCACUAUCACGCAAGCUGCGGGGCUUCACGCUCCGACUAACAUCACUGUGAGCGACUACGCUCAAAAUAACAUCACGCUUUUCUACCCACCACCUCCUCCAGAGCCGGAACCUUCUACCACUGGCCAGACGCAAUAG